AUGAGCGACGAAAACUACGGAGAAGAAUACGAAUCAUCCUUCCUUGGUAACUUGGGAUACGGUGGCGAGAAUCAAAAUGAAGGUCAAGCUUCCUCUCAAAUUGAAAAUAAGCCAAAGAUCUUCCUUAUGGGUUUAAAGAGAUCAGGUAAAUCAUCAAUUCAAAAGGUUGUAUUCCACAAGAUGUUACCAAAUGAAACUUUGUUUUUAGAAAGUACUAGCAAGGUUGUAAAGAAUGACAUAUCAAAUAGCUCGUUUGUUCAAUUCCAAAUCUGGGAUUUCCCAGGUCAAUUGGAUUUCUUUGAUCCAGCAUUCGACUAUGAAUACAUUCUCAACAACUGUGGUGCCAUCGUAUUUGUCAUUGAUGCUCAAGAUGAUAUCACAGAAGCUUUGGUUAAAUUACAUCAAACUAUUGUUAAAGUUCAUCAAAUUAAUCAAAACAUUCACUUUGAAGUAUUUAUUCACAAGGCUGAUGGUUUGUCUGAUGAUCACAAGAUUGAUCGUCAACGUGAUAUUCAACAAAAGGCAACUGAUGAAUUAGCAGAUGCCAACAUUCAUAUUCACCCAAGUUUCUACGUUACAUCCAUCUAUGAUCACUCUAUAUUUGAAGCUUUCUCAAAGGUCAUUCAAAAACUUAUUCCACAACUCCCAACUUUGGAAAACCUUUUGGAUGUCUUUAUUUCUAGAUCAAGAAUUGAAAAGGCAUUCCUUGUAGAUGUUGUUAGCAAGAUUUAUGUUGCUACUGAUAAUUCACCAGUCGAUAUGCAAACCUACGAAUUGUGCAGUGAUAUGAUAGAUGUUGUCAUUGAUGUUUCAUGUAUCUAUGGUCUCAGAGAAGAAGAGGAGGGUUUGGGUUAUGACCAACAAUCACACUCUGUAAUUAAACUCAACAAUGGAAUGGUUUUGUACUUGAGGGAAGUUAACAAGUAUUUGGCUUUAGUUUGUCUCCUUCGUGAAUCUAAUUUUGAUAAGCAUGGUUUAAUUGAUUAUAACUUUAUUUGUUUCAAAAAGGCUAUUGAAGAAGUAUUUUCACGUAGAACUGCACAAAGCAAGAAGAAACCAAUCAAAAAGUAA